CUAAGAAUUAAGAUGAAAAAUCAAAAGCCUCUUCGUGGAAUUGAUCAAGGAUCCGGUGAGUACAACGUCUGAUAGCAAAAAGUUUAGGAGUAGUGACAAGUAAUGACUUCCUUGUCGUCGAAUGGUGGCUUAGUUCAUUGAGACAGGUCUUUUAAGAUCACGUGUAUACCAGAGCGUUCAUUGGCCGAGAAAUUUUUCUGUUGUCUCCGGUAAGCUAGAAAAAUUUUACACCAAAGGGGAACAGAUAGAUCUUCCUCUUUCCUACAACUCAUCACCAUGUCUGAACAAGUUGAGAAGGCUUUCCAAAAGCAAGCUGGUGUCUCCCUUAACACCAACGCUAAGAAGCGCAACACCCGUUGGUACAAGGAUGUCGGUCUUGGUUUCAAGAUCCCCAAGGAAGCCAUCGAGGGUACCUACAUCGACAAGAAGUGCCCCUUCACUGGUGAUGUCUCCAUCCGUGGCCGUAUCUUGACCGGUGUCGUUGUCUCCACCAAGAUGAAGCGCACUGUCGUCAUCCGUCGUGAAUACUUGCACUACAUCCCCAAGUACUCUCGUUAUGAGAAGCGUCACAGAAACCUCUCUGCCCAUAUGUCCCCUGCUUUCGUCGGUGUUGAGGCUGGUGAUAUCGUCACUGUUGGUCAGUGCCGUCCCCUCUCCAAGACUGUCCGUUUCAACGUCCUCAAGGUCACUAAGGGCAAGAAGGCCUCCAAGGCUUUCCAAAAGUUCUAAGUAUCUAGAUGCUAGGAUUGUCUUUUCAUCAUAAUAAAAUGAGGAUUCCUCCUUCAAUUUGUUAACAUGGCUACUUUUUGUGAUAUGCUUUUUUACCAUGGGGAAACCUCAUGGUAAUAUGGAAUUGAAACAGCCAACUACCAGC